CGUAAAGUAGCGGGCUUUACCCACACCAUUGGACGUUAGCGUUCGGCUAAUGCUACACAGCAACCGAUAACACACGUGUGCCUUGUUCACACCUGUCAUUCAAUGGCUGUGAUGGAAGACUUGGGUGGAGGAAGAGGAAGUCUUAUAUUUGGUUCCACUGAUGAAGAGGAGGACUCGUCUGAGAUUUUAAUGAGCGUUUUGGCACAAAAUGGCCAAGUGGGCCUCUGCUUCUAUGACAGUAAAGACUCUUCCGUUCACUACAUGGUGGAUACGCCAUAUAACCAUGAGCUCCAUCUGCUGGUGAGAAUCAUCCAGGAGAUUUCUCCUCAAGUGAUUGUCACCAGUGCAAAACAAGAGCGCUGUAUGACCCGCUUCCUGCUACAACUGGGUUCAAACCCGGAUUACAAGCCAGAGGUGGUUACCUAUCCAUAUGUUGACUUUGGUCUGGAACUCAGUAAGCAGAGAUUACUUUCAGUCCAUCUGCCUUUUCUUCCUGCCUCCAUUUCAGAGAUAGAGAAGUUGGCGUACCUCUCCUCCUGUAUCUCAUUUGACUCCCCACUAAUGCUCAGGGCACUUGGAGCUCUUCUAAAAUGUCUGGACAGGAGAAGAGUGGGAGUUGAGCUGGAAGACAGCAGUAUUGGCGUUCCUAUCCUGCAGUUUCAUGCCUACACACUUAAGGAUGUUGUGUACAUUGAUAAAGAGGCAUACAGUGUUCUGCAGAUCUUUAAAUCAGAGCUCCACCCAUCAGUGUACAAGCUUCAUUCGGGCGAAAAAGAAGGAUUUAGUCUUUAUGGAAUACUAAACUGCUGUAGGUGCAAGUAUGGCUCCAAACUUCUACGUCAGUGGUUUCUGCGCCCAACCGUGGACCUCGCUGUGUUACACCGGAGACAGGAAGUUAUCCGCUUCUUUGCACAACCUCGGAAUUCAGACUCCAUGAGCACCCUGCAGUCGUCGCUACGUAACAUCAGAAACAUCCCAACGCUUCUACGCAGGAUGUCUCUCUCACACACCAAAGUAACAGACUGGCAGAAUCUCUACAAGACCGUGUUCAGUGCAGUGUGUAUUAGAGACACGGUGCGUCACCUGCCUCAGUCCAUUCAUCUUUUCCGGGACAUCAGUGAAGGCUUCUCUGAUGACCUCCACCACAUCGCCUCUCUCAUCAACCGCGUGGUGGACUUCGAAACCAGUGCAGCCGAGAAAUGUCUGUCCAUCAAACCAAAUGUAGAUCCCGCAAUUGAUGAGAAGAAAAGGCAGAUGGCGGGCUUGUCGGACUUCCUGACUGAUGUUGCGAGAAGAGAGCUGGAACACCUGGAUACCAGCAUCCCCUCCUGCUGUGUCAUCUACCUCCCUCUGAUUGGGUUUUUGCUGUCCAUUCCUCGGUUGCCUAGCAUGGUGGAGAAAGAAGACUUUGAGUUAGAGGGGCUUGAUUUCAUGUUUCUUUCAGAAGAUCGCCUGCACUACCGCAGCCAAAGGACUAAGGAGCUUGACAAUCUUCUGGGGGAUUUGCACUGCGACAUUAAAGACAUGGAGACGGCAAUCAUGACCCAGCUGCAGAACGCCAUCCUGGAAAGGAGUGCCGCCCUGUAUAAGGUUAUGAAUCUGGCCGCUGAGCUGGACUGUCUGAUGGCGUUGAGUAAAGCGUCCCAGGAGUACGGCUACACCUCACCCAAGCUUGUCAACCAACGGAAAAUCUCAAUCACUCAGGGCAGACACCCACUUUUAGAGCUGUGCUCUCCUAUGUUUGUGGCCAACUCGUUUGAGAGCUGGGAGUUGCAGGGUAGAGUCAAAAUCAUUACUGGACCCAACUCAUCCGGAAAGAGCAUCUACCUCAAGCAGGUGGGUCUGAUUGUGUUCAUGGCUCUGAUUGGCUCUGACGUGCCUGCAAAGGAGGCUGAGAUCGGCCUGGUAGAUGGAAUAUUUACCUGCUUGCAGGGCAGAGAGUCUGUGUCUGUAGGUCUAAGCACCUUCAUGGUUGACCUUAACCAGACUUCCAAGACACUGAACAGCAGCACGGGCAACUCAUUAGUCCUCAUUGAUGAAUUUGGAAAAGGGACAAACACUGUGGAUGGCUUGUCCUUGCUGGCCGCAUCCAUCUCUCACUGGCUGAGAAAAGCUCCAGCGGAUGUUCCUCAUGUCUUGCUGGCUACCAACUUUCACAGUUUGCUGCAGCUGGGCAUCUUACCCACUUCCAGCCUCUUAUGUCCUCUGACUCUAGAGACAGCAGUGGACGGGGAGGAUUUGGUGUUUCUGUACCAACUGAAGGAAGGCAUCUGUCAGUCUAGUUACGCCGCCAACGUGGCGAGACUGGCCGGCCUGCCUGCUAACCUUGUACGGAGAGGGGUGGAGGUUUCUGAGCUCUACAGGACAGGAAGACCCAUUCAACGUGUGGACCAUGUGUCAUCAGACGAGCAGGCAAACAGGUGCAGGACUGUGGUGGAGAAAUUUUUGAGCCUGGAUCUGGAAGAUGACAACGUUGACGUGCAGAGCUUUAUGAAAGAGGAGGUUCUGCCCUCCGCUGGACAGUUGCUGUACAACUGAACUGUCCUGCGUCAUCACAAAGCUUCCAAAUUUGAGACAAGAAUUCUGACGCUUUUGUAGUUACCAAUAUUGCUCUCAUGUUUCGUUCUUCUAAAAACAAUACUUUAAUAUCUUCAAUUCAAGAGUUAAAUGCUAAAUUGUUUUCAGCAAAGUUGUGCUUUCAGAUGUAUUUUGUAACAGGCCAUGCCAAAGCCUGUGUAACUGAUGAUUUAUCAUCUUCACCAUGUGGGUGUAGUCCUUUUUUUUUUUACAUUGGCAGCACACAGUGA